AUGGUAUUCACAGUUGGCGUAUUGUCCUUGCAAGGAGGCUUCUCUGAGCACUUGGUGUCCCUGAAACGUGCCGCCGUCCAUUUGCAGCGCAACGUCGAGUGUAUAGAAGUCCGCACGCCCCAAGAGCUCUCAACGUGCGAGGCCCUCAUCAUUCCGGGAGGAGAGAGCACCACUCUCUCCUUGGUGGCGCAACAGUCGGGGCUUCUUGAGCCUUUGCGAGACUUUGUAAAGCAAAAGAGGAAGCCGACUUGGGGUACCUGCGCGGGCUUGAUUUUCCUGUCCGAAGAGGCCACUUCCACCAAGAGGGGAGGACAGGAACUCGUCGGCGGCCUUGACGUGCGGGUGCAUCGCAACCAUUUCGGUCGACAAAAGGAGAGCUUCGUGACCAACCUGGAGCUGGCCUUUCUGCAGGACUCAUCGGUGACAGACAAGCCCCCUCCUUUCCCUGCCGUCUUUAUCCGCGCGCCCGUUGUGGACAAGGUAUUGACCGACAAGGUCGAACAAACGCCCACGGCACCCGUCGAGGUGCUGGCCGUUCUGCCCGGCCGUCAUGCUUCGAACAAGGCCGCGUUGACGGGUGAUGAAGCUUCGGUCCAACCACAAGGAGACGGUGAUAUUGUUGCGCUGAGACAGGCCAAUGUAUUCGGGACAAGCUUCCACCCAGAACUUACCGACGACAUUCGGGUACAUGUUUGGUGGCUUCAACAGGUUUUCAUGGCCAGCACGCCAAAUUAA